GUGUGUGUGUGUGUGUGUGUGCGUGCGUGAGUGGUAACAAUUAACUAAAAAAAUAAUUAAUAUUUUUUUUACAGGUUUUGCUGAACAACGAACGCGUGGUGUAUGCCACUUUCAAAGGACCUAAACCCGAUGAUGCCACUGUAGACGUUCAGUCUCUACCAGGAUUUUCAGCAUCUGAGAGUUGCAAUUUUGAAUUGAAUGAUUGCGGUUUUGAUCAGAAUGUUGCCGGUGACGUUUUCGACUGGAAGCGGAGCCGCGAUAUGGAUCAUACCACGGGUUACGGCUAUUCCUUUGGUAUAAACGGAGCCGGGCGAAAUCCGAAGGAUAACGCGAUCUUCAAGACUGAAGUCAUCCAAGCGAAAGGCGGCAAUUUGAAGUUUUAUCUCCACACAGCAGAUUCUUCUAAACGCCAGAAGCCAACUGAGUUGAAGGUGGAUAUAUUGCCGGCUGGCAUGCCAAGGCAGACGUACUUCACUUUUUAUGGUCCCAGCGGUGAUGCUUGGGUGGAAAUGAACUUGUCAAUCUCUUACUACCUUCCAUUUCAGUUUAUAUUUGAAGGAAUCAUUGGAUCGAGCGGAAGUGACAUCACAAUCGACGAUAUGGUUUGGACUCCGGCAUAGGUAACCACUCACCUUACCCCAUAAUAAUAUUCGUAGCAAAGAGUAUAGAAUUGCAAAAACUGCCCUGAUUUUGUAUGCACACC